AAUAUUAAUUUGAGGGCUAGGUACAGAAAAUGUAUUAAAAAUCCGUCUCUAAGGACAUUGUUACAGUGUAUUUUAACGCGUCUUAAAUCCUUAUUGAACUAAGAAAAUGAAUGCAUUAGCAAUGAAUAAAAAAGUGUAGCUUUUCAUUUAGUGUUUCCUAGCCUGAAAAGUUAGUUAUUCACAGCAGCGUACAACAGCUCCAAACGCUCCAAAACAAGAAAGGGCGUGGAGUGUAUUAGAGUAUGUGAACGAGUGUCACUAAGUAAUGCUGUAGCGCUCUUCUAGAGUUAAAAGUUUCAUUGAUACAGGAUAUCGAGUGUGAAUGCUAUGGGUUUCAGAAUUCCAUUAUCUGUAUUGACACUCCUUACAUUAUACUUUUGUUAUGCUGCUGGCCAGUCUAAUUGUCACAUUCCAUUCAAAAUUCGAGGUUCGUGGUUCUCAUGGGAAAAUGGAGAGAAUACUUUAACUGUAAUAGAUGCAACUUCUAUGUCCAGGAAAGGGAUAUGUGUACUUUCCAAAGAAGAAUAUCAUGUUAAUUACACAUUUGUGUUCAGAAAAGAAAAUUGUUACAAUUGUAUAAAACUUCUUGUUCGCACAGUCAAUGUUCUAGAGAAAAUAGAAUCUAGUUGUGUGAACAUUCCUCCUCAAGAAGAAGUUUCUGUAGAAAGGGUGUGUCAAGGACUGAGAUCAGAUCAGCAGUUAAUAACAUUGUUUUCUGAGAAUUAUGUACCAGUGAAUUGCCGAUCCAGUUUGGAAGGAGUAUGGCAAUUCGCUUACCAGAAUCGUUUCCGCUUCACUGGUGAGUGUAAUCAUCCUGAUGCUCAAAUUCGAUCCUGUCAAACUGCUGGUACACAGUUUCUCAUCACCAAUCAGAAAUUCAAUAUCACUUAUAAAAAAUGUACAGGAAUGGCAGAAACAUUUGAUGGAGUGGUUGAAUACAGUUGUCUUGGGGAUUGGUUUGUGGAUAAAAAUCAUUUCUUUGCUGUGGCCAACACAAAAGAAUCUCGAAAAGAUGAAAAGUAUCGUUGUUUCUUGAAAAACAGGGAUGACGACCUUUACCUUGGUGUAUCCAUUACAGCUGAAUGCAAUACUUUAAAAACUGUAGAAAAAAGCCCAGAAAGAAUGCGGGUUACUCCAAUGAAGGCAGAGGUGGUGGAGCCAGGUUGCCGCUUACCUCAGAAUUUUUCAGGAGAUUGGAUAAAUACUGCUAAUAUUGAUGCUGAUGUAUUCAUAAAUGAAACGCACAUUAUAGAAACGUGGUAUCCAGAUGAAGGUCGUUACCGAAAGACUAUAUAUGUCUGUCGAGAACAACGGGAUACUAGAUUUAUGAUGGCACGCUUGACUGUGGAUGCUAAAAAUCCUGUUCCUGUACGGUGCCCUGUAGCUGGUAAAUUUAAUUUUACCCAAAGAGGAGAUGUUCCAUUUGAGACACGAAUUCUGGGUGGUGUUACAUUGUCACCGCGUCCAAAUAUUUACUGCAAAGAAAAUAUUUCAGACUUCUCAGUAUGUGACACUGAUCAAAAGGAAAUAGCUGUUGAUGAAACUUACUGCUUAAGCGUUGAUCAUUUGGGUCGCCCAGUUGACAUAUACAGUGAUCCUGAUUAUAAAAUGAAGUGCAUAGGGUUUUGGAAGGAAAAUUUGAAGUCUUACCUUAUUACUUACGAUGAAUUGGAUGCUUUUAGUAAAUACCGCUGUUGGGUUUAUCAACGUGCCGACUUGAACAGAGUUUUAAUGUCACAAGCUUUAGGUGCUUAUUGUGAUCUAAAGCAGGAUGUGACUAGCUGGAAUCAGUCGGAAGGUGCUGCAGUUGCUAUUGAUAUGACAGAAUAUGAAAGAGAAAGAGACCAGUGUCCAAUGCAUUUUGAUGAUGGGAGUUACCCCUGGGUUCAAACUGAAAAUUUCAUUAAAGUAUUUGACUUCGAUGGCACGGACCCUAAUUUCACAUUCUGCUCCAUA